GGUACGCCCGACCAGCCUGCGUCCAGGCCGGCGCCGCCAUCUGUUCCGCCUCCCGCCGGGCCCGCCCGCGCGGGCGGCGCGAUGUCUUCGGAUGGGCGGAAGGAGCACCGGCAGAAGAUACAGAGGAUGCUGGCCGCGAGGGACCAGGCCCAGAAGUUCAAGGACGACCUGGCCGCGCAGGACAAGAUCAAGAAGGCGGCCCAGGCCAAGGCGGCCGCCAUCGAGGCGAAGCGGAAGGAGGCCGCAGACAAGCUCCUGGCGGAGAAGUUGGCGCAGGCGGCCCGGCCACGGAAGGUGCUGGUCUGCGGCGACGCCAGGGGCGGUCUCGCGAAGCUGGCCGCGACGGUGGAGGCGCAGGCGAGCAAGGUCGGGGCCUUCGACCUGGUCCUCUGCGUCGGGUCCUUCUUCGCAGAGGCCGCGGGGGUGGACGAGGCUGCCGCGGCCUUCCUGCGGGGGGAGAGCCGGCUACCCACGAGGGUGCACUUUAUCGACACCGGCGCGGCGUUGCUGCACGCCUCGCCGGGCGGGCGGCAGCUGUGCGAGAACCUGCACUUCCUCGGCGGGUACGGCAUCCGGGAGGUCUGCGGCCUCCGGGUGGCGUUCCUCUCGGGGGUGUACGACCCGACCAGGUACGACAGGAGUGACGUGGACUUUGUCGGCGGUGCUUUUACGCGCCGCGCCGUCUCUGAGCUGAUGAGGGUCGCCAGCGAGGAGAAGCACGGCGUCGACAUCCUGCUGACGUCUGGCUGGCCCGCGGACCUGGACCUCAAGGUCGGCGACGAGUCGCUGCGGCCCGCCGUGCUAGGCGACGGGGCACACUGGCGGUUGUCCGCCGCCCCGCCCCUGGCGGACCUGUGCUUCGCGCUGGAGCCGCGGUACCACGUGUUCGGGGCGGCCGACCUGUUCUACCAGCGGCCGCCCUUCCAGGUCCCGCGGCUCGAGCACGUGUGCCGGUGCAUUGGCCUCGGCAGCGUGGGCGGCGCGGGCAAGCAGCGGAAGUGGCUGCACGCGCUCUCGCUCAGCCCCAUGAGGUACAUGAAGAAGGACGACCUCAGGCUCCUUCCGACGAACACCACCCCGAACCCGUUCGUGGGGCGCCCGAAGCCGGAGGCCGCGCAGGGCGAGCCCACCGGCAAGAGGAAGCUUCCGGAGGCCGACGACGAUGCCGAGCUGCCCGAGCGGGCCGUGAGCGCGUUGCUGGCCGGCGAGGCCCAGGAAUGCCGGAGUCUGCUCGGCAGACUUGCGGACCGCGGGCUCCUCUGCGAGGGCGUCCUGCCCGAGAGGCGGGCGGACCCGAAGGCGAAGGCGAAGGCGAAGGCGGCGCCGGGGCCCGUGGCCGGGGGCCUGGAGGGCGGGGCCGCGCAGGACGCCGCGCAGCCUGGCGGGGCCGAGGAGGCCGGCCCGAGGAAGAUGCCGAAGGGCACCGCCGUCACCUUCAAGGAGCAGGCCGCAGACGAGUGGCAGCCCGAGACGGAGGAGGAGAAGGCACGGGCGGAGGCCGCCAAGGAGGUCCUGGCCACGGUGCCCGAGAAGGGCGUCGUGCGCUACACGUUCCGGGACGAGGGCUCGCUCGGCAUCCGUUUGUCCAGAGACGUCCCGCCUUGGAUCCUGGAGGUGCGCGACGGGACGCUCUCGGCAAAGAAGGCGCCCAGGGUGCCCGUUGGCGGCGUGGUGUUGGCCGUCAACGGGUUCGAGCUCAAGGAAAAAGACGACAAGAUCGUUGCGGAGUGCCUCAAGAGGCGGCCAGUCAUCAUAGACGUGCAAUGGCCGCUGGAUCAGGGGCAGCCGACGGUGUUGCGGGCUUAG